CGGCUCCACUCUGCCCCCCACAGUUGAAGCCGGGUAUGACCCAAGCUACUGCUCUCGGUUGAACCUGAGAAGAUCGGGGCUCAAACAAUCUCCAUCCAUCCUCCGCUUCGACGACACUUUGUGGAAACGCAUCUCUGUCAGCAGCCAGGAGAAAAUAUAACUCGUUCAAACGAAUCAGAAGGCACUGGGACGAGGCGCAAAGAAAAAUUUCACUACUAGAUGACAUUACAUCGCAAUGUCCGAUCGUUUGGGGCAAAUAACCAAGUCCAAGGAUGGGAAAAGCAAGUAUUCUUCACUCAGCCUAUUUGACAAGUACAAGGGAAAACCAGUAGAAAACCAGAAAAACACAGUUCCGCGACAUGGCUUACAGAGUCUUGGCAAAGUGGCCGCUGCCCGGCGCAUGCCCCCACCCGCUCACCUGCCGAGCUUGAAGUCUGAAAACAAAGGAAACGAUCCCAGCGUGUUUAUUGUGCCCAAAGACGGUACAGGAUGGGCGAACAAGCAGGAACAACCCGAUCAAAAAACUUCUAUUGCAUCAACAACACAGCUGCCGGAGUUGCAGCCGCAGCUGGCUUCACAGAAAUCUGUCUCCAAUCUUCAGAAGCCCUCACCGGCAGCCAACCAAGAGAACACAAACGCAGGUGGACCAAAGCAAUGGGCCCAGCUAAAUGGAAAGGCAAGAGAGCUAGAUGGUUUAAGGGCCUCAAACCGACUUCAGCCCUUCUCUCACGAGGAAUUUCCCACGCUGAAGGCAGCUGGAGAACAGGACAAGGUUGGCAAGGAAAGAAGCGGCUUCGAUCCGUCGUAUGGGCCAGGACCAAGCCUCCGCCCCCAGAAUGUGACGAGCUGGAGGGAAGGUGGUGGCAGGAACCUUCAGCCCUCAUCCCUGACCCUCGGCCUGCCUGCAGAUCCUGAGGGUAAGCUCACUGCCCUGGGUGAGACCGGCACCCCUCCAGCCCCAUCUCACCCCCCCUCUGCAACCAUCACCACCCCUACAAGUGUGGUGACGGCCCUGUCACCAGUCCUCGACCCAAAGGAGCCCUCCCUGCGCCCUGCCCAGCCUGUCCGCAGAAUAACCGUCCCUACUGCCCUGCAGUACCAACUUCACCACACUUCCACUGCUGUCUACCAUGACAUGUUGCCCGCAUUUAUGUGCUCUAAAGACACUCGUGAAGCCCCAGGUACAGAGCAUGUCCCUGCCACCGUCGCAGCUCCUGUCCGAUUUGACAACAAACCCGCUUUUAGACAGAGCUUUGCUAAACCUGAACUUGUCAACGGUGAUGUGAGAAGAGACAACCGCUUUGUGCGUGGACCACCGCGACAGUCUUCUCAGCCCAUCCGCAGGCCUGGUGAAAGACCUCAACGCCCAGCCAUCAUCAAUCCUGAGGAUCUGAAGGAUCUGGAUGAGCUUGACCACGACUGCGAGGAUGGAUGGGCUGGACUCCAUGAGGAAGUUGAUUAUGGCGAGAAACUCAAGUUUAGUGAUGACGAAGACGAACACUCGAACAAGGAUAAAAACAAGAUGUGGACUGAAUGGGAGAGGGAGAGAGAGAGAGAGAUCCAACGUGAGUGCCACCCCUCCCUGAGUUCAGGUGAGGUUUACCCCCCAGAGGGCACAGAAGAGAACUAUUCCUACCAACAUAACGAGGCUGCAAGGAAGACCAACGGCAGAAGUCUCCCUACGGACACACAGACCCAGCAGAAAAUCCAAGGUGAGCCACCGACUGACCAGGAAGAUCACCAGCGCCAGCCUCAGUCCCAGGCUCCCGCUAGGGCCAAGUAUGUGUCACCUGAGCUGUCGGAGGCAGUCGAGAGAGCCCGCAAACGCCGGGAAGAGGAAGAGAGGCGUGCCCGUGCGGAGCGACUGGCUGCCUGUGCUGAAAAACUCAAAAGGCUGGAUGAGAAAUUUGGUAAGACUGAAAGGCAGACGUCAAGGACAGAGGAGGGCCAGAAAGAGGAAGAUUGCAAAGAAGUCCCGCUGUCCCCAAACAGGGAACAAAGUAAAAGUCAACCUGAGAACUGGCAAUACAGCACAAAAGAUGGAACUGAGUGUCCCACAGACAACAGUCCAGGCCAUAGUUACCGCGAGGAAUCUGGCUUCUCUAACUACCGUGCCAGUGAGGAUGAUGUACAGGAGCCUUCCUCCCCCUCAGGAGACUACAAUGGACGUCAUACCUCCAAACCCAUCCCACCCCGCUUUCAAAAGCAGCAGCAGCCGCACAUUCAACAGGAUCAAGUGUACAAGAUGCAGCAUUGGCAGCAGUCAGGACACCCUGCCCCGUCAAACUCAAGCCAUGCACAGCGGGGCUACUAUCCGCCACAUGUCCUCGGGUUUGACCCCCGCUGGAUGAUGAUGCCACCUUUCAUGGAUCCCCGCAUGACCCAAGGACGAUCUCCUGUGGACUACUACCCCGGUGCUGUCCAUUCUUCAGGAAUGAUGAAACCCAUGAUGCAUCAAGACCACUUGAACAGUCCUGGUUCUGAUGAGGGCCAUUCCAACCUGCACCAGGAGAGAAGAGCCCCCUCCACUGAGCCUUACCCUGUGUGGAACCAGGAUGGCUACCCCUCGCGCAGCUUCACCCCACCUUACCAGAGACAACAUGAAAGCUCAGACAGUGGACAGCCAGAUGAUAGAAGUGAUGUCAUCAGCUCCCAACAGGACUGCUAUGAAGAAAGAGCCAACGAGUACUUGCCCCACCCUCAAGAUGAUCACCCCCACCAUGCUUUCCAGAGCCGAGGCCCAGACAGAGCACAUCAUGACCAUGGUUUGCUGACCACUGCUCAGACCCACCCCCAGAAUAUUGCAGAUAAUGAAUACCCAAAACAAGACUCCAGAGACAAACAUCUCAAAGAUGGCCCUGAAUCUCAUGACGAGACCUUAGACGGCUCCAAGGACAAUUGGAAAAGAGACAGAGGCCAGAAACAAGAUGGAGGGCUUAACAGUGCUCAAACCCAGUGGUCUGAAGCCAGUUCCAGCUCCAGCAGUAGUGUGAGCCAGCCACCUGAGCCCAGUGUGCGUACUUUGAUUCGCAGAACCGGGCCCAUCAAGAAACCAGUUCUCAAGGCACUCAAAGUGGAAGAUAAGGAGAAUGAGAAGCCUAAACCUGAGCCUGAGGAGAAGCCUGUCCCCUACCGUCUAGAGAAAGAAGUCCUUACCAAUGUUUAUGACUUGAAGAAAGACAUCCAGCUUGCCAGUAACAGGCGUGCAGCCUCACCUGUUGUUGUUGAGAAACAACCCGAAGAGAGGCAGCGUCAGUCACCAGCUCCCAUCAAAACAGAAAGACCACUGAGCACCCACAGUGAUGAUUCUCCCAAAGAGAACCCCUGGGAGAGCAGCAAGAGCCAUUCACCUAGAGACAGCCAAGAAAAUCGCGAUCCCCAGGCACCACGGCGUAAUAACUGGAUCUUUAUUGAUGAAGAACAAGCCUUUGGUGCAGUCAGGGGAGCAGGUAGAGGCCGCAGUCGAGGCUUUAGGGAAUUCAACUCUAGAGGUGGAGGCCGUGGAGGCCGAGGUGGGGACAAUCUCAGAGGAACUUAUAACAAUAAUAACAACGGCAGUGGAGUCGGGGCCCAACGGACAGGCAGAGGCAGAGCAGCACCUCGGGACCUGGUCAACGCGGAGGAGUUCGAGAGGGGCAAGCCCCGGAGGCGAAAUGUCAGUGAGACCUUGAGUGAAACCUCUGAGUAUGAGGAACUGCCGAAGAGGCGACGCGAGAAGGGAUCAGAAAAUGGCGAAGGUUACUCAGAGGCAGCAGAAGUCCGCAAAGCUGAUAGAGAUUCUUGGAGAUCCAACAAGGUGUAUUCAGAUGACCAGACGGCCGCAGAUUUCCAAGAAAACACCAAGGCCGGCCGGGGUUUUGGGGGCCGCACGUUGCCUCCCAGGCUCAAUACCACUGGAAGUUACACUCGAGGCUUUGGGGGUUCCAGGGAAAUUUCUACAUGGAGAGGCCGUGGGCCCCAGUUUGGUAACAAUGGUGGCUCCAUGCAAGAGAAUGGUUAUUGUCCUGGAGCUGAGACAGUUUAUACCCGCAGACUCCCUGUUGAGCGUGAGUCUCUCCAGAACCCAACUAAAUUCACUGGCUCUUUAUUGGAAAAUGGCACAGAGGAACGUGAAGGAGAAUACUACAUUGACAACGAUAACCCAGACAGGCAGAUGUUGAGGAGACGUCGUCCACCCCGACAAGACAAGCCUCCACGCUUCCGUCGUCUACAACAAGAACGUGAACCAGGCACAAACCAGUGGACGAGUGACGAGUAUGUAAAUGGAGACCUCGCAAACCCCUGGCCUGGUCGCCCCAAAGGCAGUGGGGAAGAGAACUGGCCCAGUGGCCACUACUCUGGUGGACGGCCUAACAUGCAUGGUCAGGUGGAGGAAUGGGAGACAGGAUCAGACAACAGCGAAUUGGGUGACUGGAGAGAAAAGCGAGCCGGAGGCGCAGCUACACAGGGACAUGGUGAUGUUCCAUCUGACGGCCAUAGCGAACCAGGCUCUGGUGAGAAAAGGGAACUCUCCAAGAGAAGUUUCUCCAGCCAGAGACCGCUGGUGGAACGGCAGAACAGGAAAGGAGAGCCAUCGCUGCUUGAAGUGAGCAAGAUGUCGCAUACACCUGAUAAUCCCCCCACGUCGUCCUCUAACAGGAGUGACAGUUGGCAGAACGGAGGGACAUCUUGUAAGAGCAGGAGCCCAGAUGAGUUGGGCCCCAUCUACAGCAUAGAGUCGGAGGAGAGGGAGCCCAGUGAGUCGUCAGGGAAGGACUUGGACAAGGAGCUGAAGCCAGGACCUGUCAAGUCAGACAUAGCCGAAACUCUGUCCCAGUAUGAACUCUGCAGCUACCCCAUUGAUGGCGAUGCAGGGGGACCAGUUUCAAAUCCAGAUGGAUACCAGGACGCCCUAUCCAAAAAGCAAAGGCGUCCACAGGAAGAUGACAGGAGGAGGAAGGAACAGGGAUCUGCUAUGCCAGUGAAGAACAGGACGAUCGCAUCCAAGAUACCACCACGCUUUGCUAAAAAGCAGGGAAGCAUGAGCAUUGAGCAGCCUGAGGAGCUGUCCUCCAACAAUCUGGGAACUGAAAUCUGGGAGACCAACAGCUCAGCUCUUUCAGUCCAAUCUUCAGGGGGAGACUCUUGGACUAAACAGGUGUCUUAUACUGGGAGCGAGCCCAACUCCGAGGACUCUGAUGCCGGCCCAGAGCAGACUAAAGAACAGCACAAGCCGGGGCCCAUCGGAAACGAACGCUCCCUGAAGCACCGCAAGGGCUCAGAAGGUGUUGAUCGGCUGGAAGGUGGCCCCAUCACGCCAGUCAAUGGCGUGGACCUGCAUGUGGACACUGUGCUGCCCGGGCCUCCUAUUGAGUUUGGUGUUAGUGCCAAAGACUCUGAUUUCAGCCUACCACCAGGCUCUACCCCGGGGCCAGUGUCCAAUCCUGUCAACAAGCUUCAGGAUGUGCUUGCCACCAAUACUGUUCUCAAUCAGACUAUUCCCAUGCUGCGCUCCAAUCAUCUGCAGCCUGGCAUGAACCUCAACCCCAUGUCCUUCCCCAGUGCUGACCUCACUCUCAAGAUGGAAUCGGCACGUAAGGCAUGGGAGAACUCCCAGUCCCUCCCUGAGCAGGGCUCCCCUGGCGGAAUGCCUUCAGGGGGUCAGCCUCCCUGCAGCGUUGGCUCCAGUGUAAGCUACAGUUCAUUUGGAGGAGUGUCCAUGUCUCCAAUGCCUGUGGCUUCAGUAGCACCCUCCAUGUCCAUGCAAGGUAAUCACAUCACACCAUUGUAUCUGGACGGCCAUGUCUUUCCAAGCCAGCAACGCCUUGUACCUCCCAACAUGACCCAGCAGCAGACAUACCAACAGGCGGCUGCAGCCCAGCAGAUUCCCCUCUCUCUCCACACGUCUCUUCAGGCUCAGGCUCAGCUGGGACUUCGGGGCGGUCUACCAGUCUCUCAGUCUCAAGAGAUGUUCAGCUCUAUUCCUCCCUUCAGGUCACAGGUUUACAUGCACCACAACAUGUCCCAGCCCAGCCCCAUGGUGCUGUCGGGCGGAGCACCUCUCAAGGGGCCCUACUCUGCUUUCCCUGGCAUGCAGCCCUCAGACAUGGUCAAGUCACAGUCAGGCUCACACUACCAGCCAAUGAAUGGCAGCCAGCAAUUAGUCUAUGACAGCCAGAUGAACCAGGGCCCUGGGAUGGGUUCUUCCCAGUUAAUGGACUCUCAGCUCAUUCAGGUGACCAUGCCCCUCCCUGGUUCUCAGCUGCGCUACGGCUCAGCUCAGCAGCAUCUCAUCCUCCCACAGUCCAUCCAGCUGCAGCAGGGACAGAACCUGUCGGUGGGAGCCCCGCGUCGGAUGAUGCCGCCUGGCUCCCAGGCUGCUGUCAUGACCGGCAGUCGAGAGGCCUCGCAGAUGGAAAUGAAAGGCUUUCAGUUCUCUGAUAAGCCUAACCACUCCCAGGGCAUGUCUGUAGGUUCCUACAGGCCUGGGUCUGCCAGCCCCAGUGGGAAGCCCUCUGGCCCUUUAGGCCCCCUGCCAACACAUUACAGUCAGCAGCCCCACAGCCACCAGGUCCCACCUACUCAGGGCAGCAUGGUGAUGCACAUGCGGCCCCCAACCACAGGCCCUUUCCCCAACCCAAUCCAGAGACCAAUCAUGCAGGUGAACAAGCCUGUCAUCAUCCGCUCCCCCCCUUACCCUGGCCGCGACCCAUCCCACUCCAACCUUGCUUCAGCCCCCGAGCCCCCUGUUAAGGGGCCUGAGGAUGGCAUGAAGAAUCAAACCUUACAAGAAGUGCGCAAGGCAGUGGGCGAGGGAAAGACACCAUCCGGGGGCAUGACCAGCAAACUCCAGGAGCCACUACCCUCCAUGGGGCAAGCCAAACCAGCACGCACUGGUGCAAUCAAACCCCAGGCUGUCAAAGUAGAGGAGGGCAUGGCAUAAUAACAAUGGACCUGAACGUCCUCAUCACCACCCAGCCUGUCAGCGAAAAGCCCCUCCACCAAUGUCCGAGCCUUCUGAGACCCAUCUCAUCCAGAGGCGCCGAGGCAAGGGGCAAACAUGCAGACAUGAUGAAUUGACCCCUUUUUGAACUGUCAGAACUGGACACUUAUUAUUUCAUACCACGUAUAGAGAUAUAUAUAUAUAAAUAUAUUAUAAAUAUAUACAUAGACACAAACAGUCUUUUAAGCAGAUCUCUUCAAGGUCCUCUUUAAUUUAUUAUUAGUCACUUUUAAGGGGAGAUUGGUAACGAUAAGAUAUUUCAGUUUUUUGGGAUUUCUCCUUAGAGCAGGGAAAAGAAAAGUGGCCAACUCAGACAGAUUGUUAAUUUUCCACACCAUUUUGCCAAACUGUAUUUACUCCCUGUUUAUGGACUUUAGCCCUCGAGACCAGGCAGACUCUUGAUAAAACUCGCUAUGAGACGGAAGGUCUGUUCAAGAUUUUUUUAAACAAUUUGAAAUGCAUUGGGGCACUUGCUGCUCACUUUUGCUGGUAAAAGGUUCAAGUCAUCGCCCAUUCAUCCUAUUGGUAAAGGACGUAUUCUAUUUACCUGGAAGAAAAAAUUCAAACUCCAAUUUGUGGACAUCGUUGCAUGUCACUGUGGCAAAAGUCGAGUCGCAUCAGCCUAGAAGCGCAUCCUCUGGUGUUUUUUCACCGAGCCCAUGAACUGCGGCAAAAACAGCAUAGAACGGUAGAGAGGAUUUGUUUUCUUAAGUCUGUUUGCUUUUCUUUCUUUUUUUUACAUUCUGUUGCUUGCUCUUUUUCUGUCUAUAAACUGAAACAAAAAGGUGAACGUUGUACCAAAAUCAUGUCACUUCCACAGGAACUUCACUGGCAACGAUCUGGCGUGUGCAUGUGAUACGCUGAACAUGUGUGUGUAAACUCGCAGAACUCCUAUCUAACCGAACGCGGUGUUGGUAAUACUGCCGUCGACUGUACGGAUUUUAAACAAACCAAGCUGGCAACAAAACUUUGGGCCCCGUUGUGAUGUUUUGUAUGUGGGGGGGGGGGGGGGGGCUGCAUUCUCUAUUUCUGUUAAGUACCCUCAUGAAUUAGCUGAUUUAGAAGGUUUUGCUUUCUUGGCCCUUUUUCAUUUGGGUUCUAAUGAAUCAAAUUUUCAGUUAAUGAACAUGUGAUUAUUUUUUACAUCCCUUAACCUUGGGGCAGUUUGCUUUCUCCUGAAACACUGUUCACCAAUUCGGUUCAAAACCCGCUGCAGUUGUGGAAAUGGUGAAGAAACAGACUCAUCACAUUUGAUUACUCAGCAACUGGUCUCCGAGGUGGCACGAGCAAUAAAUGCAGCCUAACUAUAAUCACAAUCAGGGUCCAAAUAACUUUUACUCUUUCCAGACAGAAGCUAAUGAUCACCAACGAGGGGCGUUAAGCUUUGCUUGCUGAAUUAAAAACUUUUGCUUAUGCUUUUUUUGUGCGCGCUGCAGUUCCAGUGGACUAAGAAGGACUUUUAAAGUGUUCUAUAUGAAAAUGUGAAGCUGUUGGAAUCAUCCUUUUACUUUGUUUUGUUUUUUGUAAUGGACAUUUAUUUUGAAACUCAAAAAUGCCAAUGUCAUACCCGGUUAAAUGUUACUGCUUACUAUAAGGCUCCAUGACACUACAACAUGUUGCGAUUUAUCUUAAUGUUUCACUGGUAUAUAUGUAUAUGCAUACUUAACUGUACAGUCAGGCCUCGUCAGCGAAGAGGGGCUCAAACCCACAUUUCAUUUUUAGAUAUUAUGGCACUAUAAAGGAUUUAACGUUGAAAAGGUCACUGUGUUCUCAGAAUGGACUGCUCUCACUUGUUGAUAGGUUUGUCAGGCUUGGAGUGUUUUUUGCCUCUUAUCCCUUACUGCAAAAAGAUCUCGAUGCUUCUCAUCAUUGUACCUGCACCAAAAUGUCCCCCCCUCCCCCUCGACUCUUUCUUUUUGUACUUUUAAGAUGCAUAUUUCAUUUUUGUUGGAGGACCAGUGCUUUUCUGCAGCUGAUCCAGCAUUCUAUUUAUCCUAUCUGAUCUUUAUCCUUUCAGAUAUUUGGUCAAUACUCUCCCUUGUUAAAAAAAGAGCUUAUUGAAAGAAAAGAAAUAAAGCAGUUGUGAUUUCUUAAAUGUACUGUUGAUUCUGUACUCUCACUUUGUCAUAUUAAAAUCAUGCAUCAAAUGGU